UAUUACAGGAGGGCUUGUGAAGGGGAGUGAGCAAGACAAAUACUGACAGGCUGAGACACAGAAUGAGAAAGGGAGAGCUUCCAGCACCUUAAAGGCAGCAGCAGCAGCUUCAUUAGCAUCAGGAGGAGAGUCGGUCACAUGCAGCCACACCGGGACUCAUGUAGAUAAACCGCUUUUACCCAUCGCUUAUGGAGCAGCAGCACAGGGAGUCUACAGUGGAGGAGGACAACAAGGCUGGAGCCAGAGCUUUAAGGAGAGGAUGAGAAGCAUCACUGCAACCUGACUCACACCGGGAGUCAGCCUCAGCACCUGCAGCGGCAGACUGAGCACUCCGGCUAUCAAGGAGACUGGGGCAGACGGGGAGAGAGCUGCUGAGAUUAUGCGCGGGGCAGAGAGCUCCUGUGGAUUCCCCAUCUUUGGCAACAGCAGCAGCAGCAGAGGGGGCAGGAGCUGUGGCUCUACAGUCAGCAGCCGAGCUAGCUGGAGCUGCAGAAAAACAGGAAGCUCUAAAGCAAUUCAUUUAUCCAGAGAUGAAGGUAGCACUUACAGCCAAGGUGUAACAGGAACCAGCUGUCGAUGUAGCCACAGUGUUGAAUGUACCUGUAGCCAGAGCAGUGACGGUAGCUGCAAGGUGACCACAGCAGUGCAGUCAGGUGUAAUUGUAGUAGUAGCAGGGGGGCAGUGGCUCAGGACCCUGAAUGACCAGUGUGGCUGAUGAAGGCCACCUGGAUCCGCUUGCUGAAACGAGCCAAAGGAGGUCGUGUCAAGAGCUCCGAUGCCUGUGGUUCGGCCGACUCCUACACCAGCCGUCCAUCAGACUCCGAUGUGUCCCUGGAGGAAGAUAAGGAGGCAGUCCGCAGAGAGGCAGAGCGACAGGCUCAGGCACAGCUUGACAAGGCCAAGACCAAACCAGUUGCAUUUGCCGUCCGCACAAAUGUCAGCUACAGCCCGAGUCACGACGAUGAUGUCCCUGUGCCAGGCAUGGCCGUCUCCUUUGAGGCUAAAGACUUCCUCCAUGUCAAAGAGAAGUACAACAAUGACUGGUGGAUAGGACGCCUGGUGAAAGAAGGCUGUGAAAUCGGUUUCAUCCCCAGUCCAGUGAAGCUUGAAAACACUCGUAUCCUCCAGGAGCAGAGAGCCAAGCAGGGCAAGUUCCACUCCAGUAAAUUGGGAGCAAACUCAUCAUCUAGUUUAGGUGAAGUUGUUCCUAACUCACGGAAAUCUACUCCUCCUUCAUCUGCCAUUGACAUAGACGCCACAGGCUUAGACCCCGAGGACAAUGAGCUUCCAGUCAACCUGCGCUCCCCUAAAGCCAGUCCAAACACUGUCAUGUCACCCCUAGCAAAAGAGAAACGAAUGCCCUUCUUUAAGAAGACGGAGCACAUUCCUCCGUACGACGUUGUGCCUUCCAUGCGGCCCGUGGUUCUGGUUGGACCGUCACUGAAGGGCUACGAGGUGACAGACAUGAUGCAAAAAGCGCUGUUUGACUUUUUGAAACACAGAUUUGAGGGAAGAAUAUCAAUCACUCGAGUCACGGCGGACAUCUCUCUUGCCAAACGCUCAGUCCUGAACAAUCCCAGCAAGCACGCCAUCAUCGAACGCUCCAACACACGCUCAAAUUUGGCUGAAGUCCAGAGUGAGAUCGAGCGAAUUUUCGAAUUGGCGCGGACGUUACAGCUGGUGGUUCUGGACGCCGAUACCAUCAACCACCCGUCACAGCUGGGAAAGACUUCCCUCGCCCCCAUCAUUGUCUACGUCAAGAUCACCUCACCCAAGGUGUUACAGCGGCUCGUCAAGUCCAGAGGCAAGUCUCAGGCCAAACACCUCAAUGUCCAGAUGGUGGCCGCCGACAAGCUGGCUCAGUGCCCUCCUGAAAUGUUUGACAUCAUUCUUGAUGAGAACCAGCUGGAGGACGCAUGUGAGCAUAUGGCCGAUUACCUGGAGGCCUACUGGAAAAGCACUCACCCCACCAGCUGCAGCCCCCCUGACCCAGUGCUAGCAAAGCUACCCACAGCCAGCCUGCCCUCCAGCACGGCCCCGGUCUCUGGCGUGCAGGUACAAGUGCUGAGCAUACUCUGGGCCAAUGAAGGCCAUGGAAGAGGAGGGGAACCAGAAGUGUGGGAGGCAGGAUUAGAAAGGAAGAGAUGAAAGAAAUCAGAGCUUUGAAGAAUUACAAAAUGUUGUAGUUUGCAUCUACAAUAUCUGCUAAACGUUUUUACUUUUCUUAUAUUAUGUUAUUCUUUAACAAAUGCACUACAGGUAAUGUGUAAAUUAAGAAUAAUCUACUUUAUCUGGGAUAGGUACACGGGUAUGAAAUACUAAGGAAGAAACUGAAUUUAAAAUGCUCUACAAGAACCUUCUGAUGCAUAAAGAGGAACUAGAUCAGAGAAAACAUCAAAUAUAAAAGGACGAACAGGAGCAGACAGCAAGAAAAGAGUUAGCAGAGACAAAAAACGCUUCAAGAGAUGGGAACAAAAUUCAUAUUAACAGGUCAAAACAAUGCUGUUAUCACGUUCAUGUGAUUAAUCAUGGCUGAUGCUGAUGAUACAGGAGACCCCUGAAGUUUAACUACCAAAAAACGUGUAAAACUCAAUAGAAUAAAAACAGUUUAGAGACAGUUUGGACGUAGACAGAGAGCUGGACUUUAGUAUUUAACAUGAAAUCAUUUGUUUCACUUUUAAUAGUUCCUUUUCUAAUGUAGUUCCUUUUCAGCUCAGCUCUAAACCAUUGUUUUUGUUUAAUAUA